AUGAUUCAGUUAAUGGGGGAUUUAUCUAUCAAUGACAUAGACGAGAAGAUAUCUGAUUGGAUGAGGGAUGUGAAAGAUAUCGCCAAAGGUUAGUAACGUACAAUGUUAUGUGCAGGUAUCCGGCUUGGGAUUCCAAACAUGCAAGUCCAAUUUUUUCCCCAAAAAAGUAAUAAAUUCCAUUUGAAAGAAUACGAAGUUGACAUUUAUCAAGCAUGAUAACUAUGAAAUCUUAUCAAAUUAACUAAUUGCUUUUCGUACAUGUUUCAAAAAACGAAGUAAAGAAUAUGUUGUUUAACAAAGAAAAUCACAAUUAGAAUGUUGAAAUUUGCCAUUCGUGAUCAAAGCAGGAAAUGGCAUUUACCAUACUGUGGUCGAUCAAAUUUUUGGGGAAAACAUGUCGCUGGAUCCUCUUAUAAUCUGUGUUCCUUGGUUAUUAUCUUGGGAUACGACCCUAUUAUUGUGUGUACAUGUGUAAUACAGUAUAUUACAGUGUAUAUGAUGUGCAGUAUCUGUCACAGUGCUUAAGUAGAUGUAGUCGCUGCGUACAUGUUAUUUAUCUGUUGUUUGAUUUUGUUUCUACACAGAACAAGAAUUGUGCCACAAGCCACCGCCAUUGUCAUCACAUGAACGAUAUUUUCUUGGUGCAUCAUUAGAGAAAGACGAGUUAUCUUUGGAAAUAAAAUCCAUCUGCGAGGCAGCAGGUUUGUUAUUUUCAAAAACCCUGAAGAGUAUCACAAAGAAAGUAUGUGACCAUGGCUUAAGAGAACUUCUGCUUAGUUGUUCACCGGACGAUGAUAUCACUGCAAAAAACAUUGGAAAAGAGUCUUUAAAAUCCAGGUACAUUACGUACAGUAUAUCGAUAGAGUAGAUGAGCAGGCAGUUGAAAAGACUAUACGUCAUACGAUUUAGGAUUAUAACUGUAGUUCAUAUGAUUACCACUGUACUAGUUCCCAAGACUACUGGUAUAUUAGUUCAUAUAUACGACUAUAUUAGUUCGAACGACCGUGUCAGCUCAAAUGAAUGUAUCAGCUCAUAUACGACACUUGGGUUUGCACAAUUACUGUUAACUACACACCUCCCAACAAUAUAACUGACAACGCGUGGUCCGUUAGGUGCCUUGAUGAUUUACAAAGACGACUGAUGUUCAAACACUUUGCCAUUGCACAGUUAUCGUAUAACAUGGGGAAAUGCGCAGGUACGUACAUUGUUGUGCAGUGUAUGCGUGUGCUACUAUGUUUUUCAAUUAAUAGGCAGCCGUAGUAUACAAUAUUGGAUCAUUAUUUUAAGAUUCAUCCAAGCAGCGAACCCGUCUAAGGGCAAAGAUAACAAUGGAGGUCGCGUUACAAAAAUCAGUAUCGCUCUACAACAGUAUUUCGAAUGAUGACGUGAAUGCAGAUGUUGCAUAGAUGAGUGGAUAGAUGAAAAUGUUACAUAUUCUGAAGGUUUGUAAGAAAGUAGCACGUUUCUUGUGUAGCUACUUUAAUCCCUGUGACCAUUCAAAGCUGAUUUCAUGCAAAUAUCCUCGUGUUUACUAAAGUAAAUAAUAUCAAAGGAAGGCAAUGUAUUUACUAUGUAUACAAUUUCUAUUUUGAUUGGUUGGCGACCUACAGGUAUUCUUCGUACAGUAUAUACUGCAAUUAUUAUUGAAUUCGGUCUUCGCGUGAUAUCCUCUGAGGCAGAGAACUUGAUAAUUCUCGAUAUCACGCUCAACCUUGUCCAAUAUUAAUUAUCGGUGUUAAAAUUUGUUCCACAAUAGAUCUACAAAAAGCAGCAUCACAUAAUUUAUAUAUUUCUUUACCUAAGCUCGUCUCAUUUUGUCUAUUUUAGACAUGCCAAUAAGGACUAAGCGUCUUGUAGUGGAGAAGUGGAUGGAAACCAAGCGUUUUGAUGAAGAACAGGAUCUUCUAAAGAGAGAGAUGUCAAACUACUUGAUGUUUUACAAAACCUUAGUGUUUAGACUUCGUCAAAGAAAUAACGAGUUGGAGUCUUUGCAUUCAGGUAUAUAAUACAAUAAUUAUUACAAAAAGUACAGAAAUACUACAAUUCAGACGGUAUUUCGAAAAUAGAAUUCGACUUCUCGAGCAAAUAGUAUGCCAUUCGUCAGGGAGUUGGAAAGUCUUGGAAUGCCGAAUUUGUUUUCGUUAAAGGUUGUGGAAUAGUUAUUCAUCUUUCCUGUUUUCUAAAAUAAGUUCAUACCUUAUUAUGGUUAUGAUACAAAAAUAAUGGUAUUCCAAUUGAUUUUUUGUUUUCCUAUUGUUUGAAAAAAUGUUAAUAAAAUGCUUGUGAUGUUACUCUGAGUGUAUAUCCGUACCGGGCAAGCUUGAAAAAUAUGCCCGACCACGGUGGGAAUCGAAUCAUAUUCACCUGAGUACAUUACACCAAUACAGAAAAAUCAAUGUUAAUCAAGAAACAACGUUUGUUUGUUGUUAUUUUUCCUUCCGUAUUUUUUGUAUUAUUAUAAUAGCUUUGUGUUUUCUGUCUUUUUGUUUUAGAUAACGAUGUAGACGAGCCUUUACUUCUUCGCACGUACGCUACUUUAUCAAGGGCACCUUCCAUUAAGCAUGGAAAAAUCGCUUUAAUAAAACGAGGUGAAGAUUGUGCAUUAUGUCAGCUAGCGCGUGGUAUAAAAUAAUUCUCAGUAGUUUUAAAUCGCAACAUCGAAGAGUUUGAACAGCUUUUUGACGACCUAAGUGAUACGGAAAGCGAAUCAGAUGGGGACAUAACGGAUCAUGACAGUGAGUCCGAUGUCGAUGAGAUUGGUAGCAAUGUAUCACUGAACAUUUUACCUGAGAAAGAAAAUGGUUUAGAAUCCAUAAUUGGAGAAUUAGCGUGCGGUGAUGUCAUCUGCUGGAAAUUUCCUGCAUCAGUCAGUCAGAGUACGUUGGCAGGAAAUGAUGAAAGUAAUGCAUGUAGCAUUAUUGCUACUUUAUUAGGCUACAAGUUCCUCACGAAUGAGCUGGACAUUCAAGAUGAUACUAUAAGCCCACUUUGCUUAACCUGGAUAAAUACUGUAUGCGAAUGCAUUUCCAUUGGUAAUAUGGUUUAUAACACUUUCCGUGAGAACUUGCCACACAGAUAUCUUUCCAUCGAAGAAGCUGCAGAGUUGUUGUCUGGUCUGAUAAAUGUAGAAGUCGUUAAUAUCUUUCCUAUACGAUUUACAGAUCCCUACCAACCAUCCACUAUUGUUGCACAAUUGGCUCAUCUAAUGAACUCUGAUAAAUCAGUAGCGCAGUUAAUAAUUCAUGAGCGUACAUCCGUUUUUUUAUCCAAGGGCAGUAAAAACGUGUAUUUUGAUUCGCAUCUACAUCCCCCGUAUGGCGCAGUUUUAGUUUCUGGAUCAAUGUUGAACUUACACGACUUCUGUAGUUAUAUUUGGAACUUAGAAGCGCAUGACAUACAUGAGUUUGGGAAUCUCGUCCAUACUACGUAUCCCGAUGCUUAA